CUGUUGUGCGUAUGAUAUACGAACCGUGUAACUUUCUAUUUUUAUUGAAUAAACACAUACUGCCGAAAUUUAGAGAGAAAUUCAAUUGUUUUAACUGUAAUUGUGUGGAAAAUUUUAAAUUUUUAUGUAAAAUUUAUAUCUCAGGCGCAAAUUGUCCUUCAAUUAAUUCAUAAAUUGUUCGAAAACCGUGUAUUUGUAUAUCGUUUGUUUAUCUGAGAAAGUGGAAUUAAUUAGAUUAAGCUGUAAAUUAAAAUUGAUUCAUGAAAAUUACCCAUUGAGUGUGUAGGCAUAGAAAAUGAAUAGCUUGGGUUGGGCACUAAUUUUGAAAGCAGGUUGUUGGUGUUCAAGAGAAACACUCGUAAUUGGCGGUACAAAAUAUGUAAUCAAAGAGCGCAUUGCACAAGGUGGUUUUAGUUUAAUAGAUUUAGUCGAGAAUGCGACAACUAAACGUAAAUACGCUUUAAAACGAAUAACAUGUCACAGUAUUGAGGACCAAAAAAUCGCAAUACGUGAAGUUGAAUUGACACGAUCGAUUAAACAUCCGAAUGUGGUGGAAAUUAUCGAUUUUGAACUGGAAGGUGAUGCCGAUAUUGUGAUAAAUACCAUCAGUCAUGUGAACAUUUUAUUUCCAUUUUUCAAAAACGGUUCAUUACACGACCAUUUAAAUAUGCGAGCCAAAGCAAAUGAUCACAUGGCCGAAUCGCAAGUUUUACAAAUUUUCGUGGGCAUUUGCGAAGGAUUGAAAGCAUUACAUGAAGCCAAACCAGAACCUCUUGCACAUCGUGAUUUAAAAACAGCAAAUAUCUGUCUAUCCGAUUCAAUGGAACCAAUUCUAGUCGAUUUGGGAUCAUGUACAGAAGCACGAGAACAGAUUUGCGGUCAACAUGAAGCACAGCGCCUACAAGAUUUGGCAGAAGAACGUUGUUCAAUAGUAUAUCGAGCGCCGGAAUUAUUCAAUGUACAAUCGUAUUGCAUGAUUGACGAGCGUACAGAUAUUUGGAGUUUGGGAUGUGUUUUGUAUGCAAUUUGUUUUUUCAAGUGCCCUUACGAUAUCAUUUACGAAAAAGGAGACAGUGUUGCGCUCGCGGUUCUCAGCGGUAACGUGAGCUUUCCACAGGACUCACCAUUUUCAGAGGACAUGCACAAUUUAAUCGGUUUCAUGUUACGAAUCAAUCCAAUGGAACGUCCAUACAUUUAUAGUGUGCUUGAGGCAGCUCAAAGUCUGAUAACAAAGUUAGAGAGUCGCGUUUAAAUUUUACCACAUCGACAUUCCGCAUUUCAUAGAAAGAAAAGGAAGGAGAAAACGAAAUGAACGUUGAAGAAUGUACCAGUUAAAUAAUGGAAAAACCCCAAUUGUAUAUGAGAUUCUUUUAGAGUACGCAUUUGUAUUGUAAAUAAGCAGACUAAGUUGUAAAAAAUGUUGAACGAAACAAGAAGAAAAAUAAUAAGUCUAUUCAAGAAGUUAUAAUGCUUGAAACAUUU